AGGAAAAAAUCAACUUCUGCAGAGCACGACACACUGAAGAAUUUUGAAACAGAUAUCCUCGAUUUAAAGACAAUGGCUUGUGACAAAAUGACUCAUUUCCUCUUUGUAAAUUUGCUGCUUGCAGCUGUGCUAUGGACUACAGGUAAGAAGCCGGGUAGGAGCCAGAAGUGGCAAGAAUAUAAACUAGAGAAUUCGGGGAAUGAAAAGGCGUAAUGAGGUGUCUAUUAUUCCGUAAUUGCAUCUCGAAAUGUUGCCCUAUUCCAACUAAAAGGGCAUUAUUUCAUUAUCCAACUCGAAAAUUCCCGUUAUUCCAUAAUUCAAACGCGAACAUUUCCAUUAUUCCUAUUGCAUGAAAAUAAAUUUUCGAGUUCAAGAAUUACGUAGUAAACAAAGAUCAAAGCAUACUUCCUCAUAAAUGAAAUACUUUUAAUAUCCCUAAAAGAUAUAGAUUACAGUUUCGAAAAUAGAACAACGUAUUGGAGCGUUUUCAAGAGGAAAGUGAAGAAACUUUUUGAUCUCGACGAUUUCUUUCCGUAGUCUGAAAAAUUUUAGCUGGGAGAACUUUGUGCGUGAUAUGCAAAUUUUGCCUUUUCGCGUCAUUUGAUUUUGAUUAACUUAAUCAUGAGGUUUAUGGUUCCGAACAUUUUUUUAGGUGUUUUAAUGAACACGCACCAAUUAACCAAACAAUGGUUCGUGGCAAUCAGGUGCCUUACAUGACGGAACAGUGUCAACGGACAGCAAAGCAUGCACUGGUUUGAAAAAUCUCGCCUACGGAAACGAUCGAUCUGCGACCGUUGUCAUGUUGAUAUCGGUUUCUCACGAGUUCGGGGCGGAAGUGCGUAUAUGCCUCAGUGAACGAGUGAUAGAUUUGCAUGUCGAAGUGUCCGCAAUACUAGCCUUCUAAGCUACGCGUAUCCACAAGUAAGAAACAUAUGAGGAUCUAAGUCUGUGUAGCUUGAACAAUACAAAACCGUUUUUCACAGAAGUUUUCUGACAAAGGUCAUGGAAGAGGCACCUCGGUGUUGUUGAAAAUAAUUGUUUGGUUAAAUUUUAUCCUUGGCUUGAAUUUUAUUUCCCUUUGUUUCAAACUAAUUAUCAAGCAUCAACAAACCAAAAACAGGAAACUAAGUUUGAAACCUAGCAGGACAAAAGUUAACUACAAGAAAAAUUACACCAACCCAACCAAAAAAUGUUCCUGUAACAACAAGGAUUCAUGAGAAGUAGAACGCAUGCACGUGAAUGUCGUCGAGCUCAAAAUCUCAGGAUACCCAUACAACACGCCAAACACAGGGACCCUGUCCAAUACGCUCACAACAGGUUUCUUCAUUGCUACAUUUCCAGUAUUUGUUUCUUCUCUAAUUGGACUCCGCCUGUGCUUUACUGAAUUUCUUUUCAGAGAAUCGCCAAUUUUAUCUAUUUUCCUUGAGUUUUUUUUUAGCGGGGUUUGAAUGGUCAACUGCUCAGCGUUCCCCUCCAGACAUGCCAAUAUUGGCCCAGUGAUGCUAACACUCCAUAGCACGGUCGUAGCAGAGAGAGGCGUCAAAUUGGUUUGCAACGGAAGUACUGUAGAGCCACUCGAUACCACCUUAAAGUGGACGUUUAACACCCACAAGAUGAAACAAAACGGAUACAGGAAUAUCAAAAUAGUCUGGCGUCCAGAAAGACAGGCAUUUUAUUCUCUAAUUUCGCGCCAUACUGAAUACAUUGACGCUUAUCAUUCUGGUUUUUGAUUGCUGAAUUCCUCUCCACAGAUGCCAGUACCUUCCCAGUAAUAUAUUCACUCAAAAGUACAGUCACCGCAGUGAGAGGCUCCCACGUUACAUUGGUUUGCAAAGGAAGUAAUGUACAACCACUCGAUACCCAUUUUAUGUGGAAGUUUAACAACGAGAUAGUAGAGAAUAAAGAAAACAGGAAUAUCAAACUAAUCUGGCGUGCAAAAAAACAGGCAAAGUAUUCUCUAGAUAUCUUAAAUGUAUCAGAGAAAGAUGUAGGUGACUACCGUUGCAUUGCCCAAGUUCAUAACUUUCCCAAAAUCGACAAAGCCGAAGCUUCAAUAAAGCUGCGUUUAUAUGAAAGCAGUAAGUAUAACUUUUUUACCUUCGCUAAAUUUAUAAGUAAGAGCAAAUUUUGUGUAAAUGUAAAGUGUAUUAGUUCUUUGUUUUUGGUAGAAGAGCAACCUCUUGAGACUAGACUAUGUUUAAAGUGGUCGUUUGCAAGAGUUUGAAGACAGUUUUUUAAAAUAAACGUUAUCCAAAGAGAGGCCGAUGAAUGUUCAAUUAAGACUUGACCGGGAUCAGAAACAUAAAACCGUGUAUUAAAGUAUCUGAUACCCAGGUGGGCCCAGUUGUUCAAAGGCCGACUAACACUUAACCCAGGGUUAAAUUUAACCCGGGUUUCUUUUUCUUUGGGGUUCAAAAGCAUUUUCUCGGAUAAUUUUCUCUGUUAUUUUUAAGAGCAUCCAAUCAUCAACUUGUUGACAAAAAGAAUUAAACUAAAUUUACUUUUUAAGCUUUCAUAUCUGAAUUCAAAUUUUGCACUAACCCUGCGUUCUCGUAACCCAGCUUUGAAAAACCCGGCCCAAGGUAAUAACGUUCAAAAUCCUCUUUGUUUAUUCAGUGAAGUUGUUAGAGAGCUCUACCCCUCCCCUAAGCUAACAUUAAUACUUCCUUCUCACUAAGGACAAGAUGAUGGCUUAGGGGAGGGGUAGGUGGGCAGUUUCUCAGAAACCUAAAUUCUUUCUACUUUCUUACAGUACUGAACCUCUCAGCAUCGCCACCAAAUGUCAUCAUUGAAGAAGGGCGCACUGUGCCACUGCAAUGUGAAGUAAUGUGCUCAAAAGCAAUGGACGUUUGGACAUUCUGGCUUUUCAACGGCAAAAUGAUUGAAGCUACACCAUUUCAUACAGGAGACGAGCAUGAUUUAAGUAACACGGUCACAAACAUCUCAACGUUGGUACUAAAGAAUACCAUGCUAUCACAGACUGGCGUAUACACGUGCGGUGCUAAUUCCACUGGCGUUAUAAAAACACAGAAUAUAACCGUGACAGUGAAAGACUUGGAAGGUCCAACUCUAGUGCAAACCAAAUCGAAUAUAGACGCUGUUGACGGCGAAAAUAUAACGCUAAGUUGCAAUGCAGUGUACCCGGAAGCGUUUUUUGUCGACACGUUUUGGAUUUUUAACGGCAGCCGGAUAAACAAUAACGACAAGUAUAAAGAAAAAAACACUUCCCCUUGGUUGGAACAAUCAGAACGGAGCGUAAAGAGAAUGAAGAUUGGAUUGACUAUUUUUAACAUUGGACUGAACGACAGCGGCGAGUAUAAAUGUGCUCUUAACACCUCACUUGGCUUGCACCUGAAAAACGUUAGUGUUAACGUCAAGCGGAGACCAGGUUCCAAAACAGGUUUCCGUAUUCAGCAACCUACUGAAAUGCCCCAGGGGAAAGCAGAUUUGCUUGGAACUACACUGUUCAUUGGUCUGGGUCUCUUUGUUGGAUUGGUGACGACCAUAAUAGUUUCUAUGAAGCUAUGCAGAUGGCCACGACCUAGACCUCCAAAAUCAAGUAAGUCAAUAAUGAAAUACAUCAGAUGUUAG